CUGCGGGGAGCGUGUGUGUCGUGGGCUUAGCCGCGGGCUGCAGAUAGCAGCGGCCGCCGGGAGUUGUCAGUCGCCUGCCCCGCCGUCAGUCCAGCCACACCGUGCGAGAUGGGCAAGGCGCUGGAGACAUCUACCGGCCGUGCCGGGAAGCUGAGGGCCCUGCUGAUCCAGAGGGUGUCCAUCCUCGCCUGGCUGCCCCGCUACACCCGCGUCGACGCCCUGGGAGACUGCGUGGCGGGCGUCACCCUGGGACUCACCAUGAUGCCGCAGAGCAUCGCCUACGCCUCGCUCGCCGGCCUGCCCGCCCAGUACGGCCUGUACUCGUCCUUCAUGGGCGGCCUGGUGUACAUGGUGUUCGGCACCAUCAAGGAAGUGUCCAUCGGCAUCACGUCUCUGAUGGCGCUGGUCACCUUCGAGUACACGCACGAUCUUCCCAUAGAGUCUGUGUUUCUGCUCACUUUCCUCUGUGGGUGCGUGCAGCUUCUCAUGGGACUGCUCAACCUGGGCAUCCUGGUGGACUUCAUCUCGAUCCCCGUGACGUCUGGCUUCACCACAGCCACCUCGCUCAUCAUCGCCGCCGCCCAGCUGAAGGGACUCCUGGGGCUGCGGAGCGUCAGCGCGCACGACUUCGUCGGGAGCCUCAAGGGCGUGGUCGUGAACGCCCGGGAGACCCGCAUGUGGGACGCCGUGCUGGGGGUCUCCUGCAUCGUCGUGCUGCUGCUCAUCAGGAAAAUGAAAGAUGCCCACGUGGGGCCCAAAGAGGCCCACAAGCAGAGCCAGUCACAGAGGAUCGUCAACAAGCUGUUCUGGUUCUUCUCCAUCUCGCGGAAUGCACUCGUCGUCCUGGUCUGCUCCAUCAUCUCGUACAAGUUCUCCAAGAACGGCCCAUCGCCUUUCCUCCUCUCAGGCACCAUCAAGCCAGGAUUGCCGCCCUUCCAGCUGCCCUCGUUCUCCGUCCAGAGCGGGAACACGACCGCCAUGACGUUCACGCAGAUGUGCAACGACCUGGGCUCCGGCCUGGUGGUCGUGCCCAUCAUCAGCGUGCUCAGCAAUGUCGCCAUCGCCAAGGCUUUCUCGGCAGGACAGUCGCUGGACGCGACACAGGAGAUGCUGACCUUGGGACUGUGCAAUGUUUUCGGCUCCUUCGUACAGUCUGUUCCGACGACGGGGGCCUUCUCCCGGAGCGCCGUCAGCAACGCCAGCGGCAUCAGGACACCCAUGGCCGGACUGUACUCGGCGCUGCUGAUCCUGCUGGCGCUGUGCUACCUGACCCCGUACUUCUACUACAUCCCGCGGGCGGCGCUGUCGGCAGUGCUCAUCUCCGCCGUGAUCUUCAUGGUCGAGGUGGACACCAUGCGACAGCUGUGGAAGAAGAGCAAGAGAGACCUGGCGGCGCUGGUGCUGACGCUGGCCGCGUGCCUGCUGAUCGGCGUGGAGGUGGGGCUGCUCAUCGGCGUCGUCUUCAACGCGGCUCAGCUGCUGUACCACUGGGCGCGCCCCCAGAUUUCCGUCAAGACCUGCAAGGGCCACUCGGGCGGGGAGUACGUGCUGGUGACGCCCGACAUCGGGCUGCUGUACCCGGCCAUGGACUACCUCAGGACCGAGCUGGGCAAGGUGGCCUCGCGAGACGCCAAGGGCAAGCUGCCCGUCGUCGUCAACUGCGCCUACUUCAAGGGCGUCGACUACACGACCGCCCAGGGCCUGAAGUUAAUUCUGAUGGACUUCCAGAUACAUAACCAGGUUCUGGUCUUCAUAAAUGCUCCGAAGAGCAUGAUAGGAUUCCUGCAAAAGAACGAUCUGGGAGAUAUGAAGCACGCCAGCACCGAAGAGGAGAUCAUGGAAAUUUUGUUCGGCAGCGAGCUGGACCUGUCUCUGCCGGAGGCCAGGCCCAUGCUGGGAGUCAGCACUCUGGAGGUGGAGAUGGCCUACCUCGUGGAGAACGGACUGGACCCGACUUCGCCAGAGUCCCGCGUGCAGCUCAUGAGGAAGCGCAGCAGCGUCAAGAACGACUUCUGAAGUCCAUAGAGUAGAUAAACAUACAGAUGGAGCAUGAGUCCGAUUCUAGGCGAUGGGAGUGAAGCCAAAAGGGGAAAAGCAUUUCAGUGUACUGCACGUACCAAUAUGGCCGCCAUUUGUUUACAAAUGUAGCUGUACCUGUAUUGGUGGUUAAAAUAGAGGGAAGGUUCAACUCAUAUAUUUGUAUUAUGAAGUUUUUUUUUUUACUUUUAAUAUAUAUAUAUAUAUUAACCAGUAAUAGUUUAAUCUAAUUUUCUUUCAAACAGCUUAACUAGAGUCGGUAAUGAAAUCAGGCUAUAACAGCUAAUACAAUUAUAAACAAAUGUCCACCACAUUGGCAUGGGAAAAUCAUAAGAAAAAAAAUGUGGAAAAAAAUGGCUUAACUUUGACAGCUUAUGCUCUGUCUGUAUCUUUUACUAAACUCUGCUGAAUAUGGCUGAUGUAUUAGAGCCCCACAUUCAUCUCAUCACCAGGCUGAGCUGGUGAAAUUUCUGUCUGACAUCGUGUGGCUGGACCAUCGAUAUCUGGAGACCUUACCGUUUUGCGUUUGAUUUUACCGCCUGGCUACCCUAGAGACUGUGCGUUUUUCAUCACAUGAUUGGAUCAUGUUUUACUCAGAAACUCCCUAGAAUACAUAAAACCAAUGACAGCCAUGUAUCUCUCAGUUCAUUCAAUAUUCCGUUGUUCAAGUCCAUGUGCGUAACACAAGUUUUAACACAUAUCGAGUGCAUGCGAGACUAGAGUCUAGCCUUGAAGAAAUAUGCAGUUAUUGUUGAAAUGUGUGUAUCGAUUCGACAACUGAGCAAUUAUAUUCCUAUGCAAACCCUAUCCUAUUAAUUUGUUCUGGAAAAGUUUUUUGGGUAUCCAAGAUGCCGAUCAAAUCAAAUUUUUACUAGUAGUAAAUGACACCUGGCUGACACAUAAUCUGAUUUUUAUUGGUUAUAUUCCUGCUAAACCCUAACCAUUUAUCUGCCAACUACUCGUAUUUCAUGUAAUAAUGUCACUAACUGUUGACCGGUUUUAAUUUUUUUUUUAUUGGCUGCUAAGAAUGGCCUGGUGGUAAAAUUUUAUGCAUCAUUUUACAACCUACAAUGUUACUGAAAAUCAUUUGGUGAUUUAAUUAUACAUACAACCACAGUUUUCUGUAGUUAAUCUGGUGUUUAUGUGUUCUGUACAUGUCUCAUAGAGCUUAAAAGACACAAAUAAAAGUUUUUAGUCCUU